CCUGACCGCGCAGCUGUCUGCCGCGUAGUUACAGCCCGCGACCCGCCAAGACGUUCUCCGGCCGGGUGGGAUAUUGAUAUCUUUGCCGGAUAGACUAAACGGACAGGCGGGUCGUCCGACUUAUCGAUUUUAACACUCGUUUGAAUGGAAGCGGACGGUUUCGUGUCCCGGCGAACGUCCGUGGAAACAGCGGGCGUCGAUAGUCGGGUUGCAGGUGCUGCUGCCGGGGCAGAUAUUCGAUGGCUGGGUGGCAGACUUCUCAACGCGACGGGGGGGUUUGUUGGGUCUCUUUCUACCCGGAUGGAACAGGACUUUUCCCCGGUGUUGCAUCGGGCAACUAUGGAGACCUCGACCUCUGUCGAGCCAGAAAUAGACUAUGAAGGACUGCCUCAGGGAGUACCGACCCGCACUCACAUGUUGGCAGGAGCUGUGGCCGGAAUCAUGGAGCACUGCCUUAUGUACCCUAUCGACUGUGUCAAGACUCGAAUGCAGAGCCUGCACCCAGAGCCAGGAGCACGUUACCGGAAUGUGAUGGACGCCUUGCGGCAGAUUGUGCGGACCGAAGGUGUGUGGCGGCCAAUCAGAGGUGUGAAUGUGCUGGCGGUGGGGGCAGGACCCGCCCACGCCCUCUACUUCGCCUGUUACGAGAAGAUCAAGUUCUCUCUCAGUGACGCCAUUCACCCAGGUGCUAACAGCCACUUUGCAAAUGGACUGGCAGGCUGCAUGGCCACGGUGCUGCACGACGCCAUCAUGAACCCGGCCGAAGUGGUGAAACAGCGAAUGCAGAUGUUUAACUCUCCAUACCGCGGCGUCUUGGACUGUAUGGGCUCUCUGCUGAGACACGAGGGCCCGGCCGCUUUCUACCGCAGCUACACCACCCAGCUGACCAUGAACGUGCCGUUCCAGGCGCUCCACUUCAUGACCUACGAGUACCUGCAGGAGCUCCUCAACCCCCACAGACAGUACAACCCCUCCUCCCACGUCGUGUCUGGUGCAUUGGCUGGAGCCCUAGCCGCCGCCGUCACCACUCCCCUCGACGUUUGCAAGACCCUUCUCAACACCCAGGAGGCUCAGGCCAUUCAUGUGAUCCAAGCUGAGGCGGCGACAGCAGCCGGAGGGGUCGGAGCAGCAGCCGCCGCUUCAGCCUCUGGAAGCCGCCACAUCUCUGGCUUGGGCGAGGCUUUUCGGACUGUCUACAGAAUGGGUGGCUCGGUCGCCUUCUUCAAGGGCGUCCAAGCUCGGGUCAUCUACCAGAUGCCAUCUACAGCCAUCAGCUGGUCCGUCUACGAGUUCUUCAAAUACAUCAUCACCAAGCGCCAGCAUGAGCGACGGCUACACGGAGACAAGUAAACACUUGUUGAUGGUGUCGGGUAUCGGCAACACAAAGGUUUAUGGCAUUGUACCGGUCACUGGUGUCGGUAUUAGUUUCUAAACACAGAAGGUCUGAAGAGCUCCAGAGUUUAUAUUCUCUGGGCUUUUAGUCGGUUUUUCAUCAUGUUUACUGAGAUUAAAUAAGCACGGUCCGAUCUAGUUCAUAGCCAGAGGUUUUAGACAACUUGUCUGGAAAACCUUAGUCAUGAGCUUGAUUAAAUGUCAAACAGUGACAAGAUGGUUUCCAAAAACUGCCCAAUUAAGUUCUAACGCUUACACUAAUUUAAUUUUAUUUUUAAACAACAUCAGCAAUUGGUGCUAAAUGGCAAAAUAUUAGAUAAAGGGUUACAGAUGUAUUAAAGAAAGUCAGUGUUCACAAACUCUACUUUUGAAUGAACAGAGUUUCAAUUGGCAAGUUUGGUUUUACCUCUGAACUCCACAUCGCUAGAUUUUAACAAACUAUGAGUGAGGCCAAGUGUAAAGUGCUGAUUUUCAGCUUUAGUUUAAGGAUGUUUAUGACUACUUCUAAAUAAGCUGCAGAAACUGUGGUGGCUUUUACUCAUGACAAACAUGAAAAGGACCCCCAGUCCUGCACUGCUCUGAUGAGCACUAAAGCUGAGAGUCAGCACUUCAUCAUCAACAUUAGUCAGAGUUUAGAUACUGAUAGUGUUGGCAUUAAAAUCAGGUCUUUUUUCAUUGCAAGCAAUUGAGUCUACACUUGUUAGAAGAAUAUAAGAGUUAAUAUUAGUGACAUAUAUCCAGAUGCUUCAGAUUGUGCUGUAAACGGCUUUAUCCUGCUGAAACAUGUUACCAUACAUCUUUUCAUGAUCACUAGGGGGCACACUACUCAACCUCAUUACCACUAGUGGAGGAACAGCAGAGGUGUGAAGUUACAGAAUCGGCUUAAGUAAAAUUAGACAGCAUAUCUAAGCUGAUGAAAUGUAAAAUUCUAUUGCAUGGGGACAGAUUUACAGUGAGACAAGGUAAAUGUAAUUAAAAUAUAGAUCACCAGAGGGACAUGAAGCAUGAAAGUCAUGAACUUUUAGGAACAUCUGUGUGGGAUACAGUAAAUCUUCAUGUCUGUUGCAGUGGUUGAAUGAGGAGAAAUAUAGUCUGAUAGACUGAACAGAUAUGAUCUCAAUUUAGCUGAGCAUUCAUUGUUGGUGGACAAAUAACGCACAGCAGCAUGAUGUUUAUUUGAACCUAUUUUUGGUGCACAAGCGCCUCAAACUCGUACCUCAGAGAAGCUGAAUUUCACUUCUACACCAACUGAGUGCUUUCAUAUCGUCACACUGAUAUUCUACAGACUGAGCUCUGUGAGUCAAGCUUCUGUUACUGACUAAAACUAGACUUAAACAAAAUUUGGAAACUAAAAUCUAAUUCCACACUUUUUUACAAACUAAAAAAGCCCUGAAAUAACUGAAUACAUUCUGCACACUUUAAUGAUUUAGUGUUAAACUGAGAAUCAUAACUUUAUUUUGUUCACAGUAAACACAUAAGGAAUCCUUGAAAGCAAACUGAACAAACCAAGUCAUGACAGUAUUAUUUUCUUGCUUAUUUUAUUUGGUUAAGCUGCACACACUCCUAGUACUUCAAGGACAAUUCUGGGUGAAAUUGAAACAAGUGAGUGAAACAAUUAAUAUUACUACUCCACAUGCCUUCAGUUAGCCGCCAUACAUCAACGCACAAAUACCACAGAGAGAUCCUCAGAUAUAUAAAUAUAUAUAAAUAGAAAAUUAUGUUUUGAAGCCAUAGAACUAAAAUACUGUACAUAAAACAUGCAUAUGAAUAUGGGCAAAUGGAUAAACCCAAAAUCUGUAACCAGCUAAGUUCUUAAGUAACUAUUAAUGCUGUAAAACUGCAGGUAUUUAUAGAACGCACAUAAAAUUCACACUGUAAUGUAGCUAAACAAAAGGCCUGGAAUAUUUUAAAUAGACAGACCAUACGGUUGGGGAAAAAAAUGUAAGCGUUAAGAGGGGAAAGGUGGUUUAAAAAUGAUUGUAGGAGUUUUCCUCAUCUUAUGCCAAGUGUCAAGAUUAGGAAACCAAAGACUGAGCAAUAGAGCAGAGAAAACGGGAGUGGACGCAGCGAUCUGUCGGAUUACGACACUAAUGUGAAAUGCUUGAAAACUGUUGGAAAGCGACACCUGUAUUUUGUGAAUUGUAAAUAAAGGCAGCUCCUCGCAGAAGCAGGGUCUUCUCUUGGUGCUGACUCUCCAAGUGCUGAGAGAAAUGAAA